AUGCUAGCGAAGUACGCGGUCGUCGGUCUCCUGCUCUCUAUCGUUCAAAUUCAUGCAUCUCAACCAGCAUGCGGACAACACCCGAAUGAAAUCCCACGUGCCUCGGAGUACCACAACCCUUUCAACUUCGUAAUGCCUGAGAAUCGCUUGGUUGGAGGUAUUGAAGCAGAUGCACAUUCGUGGCCAUGGGUUAUACAACUGAUUUAUCGAGGAGUGCACAGAUGUGGAGGUGCGCUUAUUGAUGAAGAAUUUGUUGUCACCGCAGCACAUUGCUUCGCAAGGAGUCGAAAUCCCGCUAUGUACCGCGUCCACGUCGGUGGUCAUAAAUCUGGUAGCGGCAGAGCUCACUUCAUUAAAAACCUAUCUACGCACUCAUUAUUCAACGUGGUUUGGCCAAGCUCAUAUGAUGUAGCCGUGCUUAGAAUAGCACCACCCGUAAAGUUGAAUGAAACUAAUACUGCACGUACGAUCUGCAUGCCAUCCCUACCGCCUAUGCCUAAUAAGUUAUGCGUUGUAGCAGGUUGGGGUAUGACGAAGGAAAAUGGCAGGAGGUCAGAAGUGCUACGAGAAAUCCACGUUCCUAUACUGCCUUUCACGCAGUGUAACAAUUUGGCGCACUAUGCCGGACGUGUACAUCUUCCAUCUAUGCUUUGCGCCGGCUAUACACAAGGAAUCGUUGACUCCUGUCAGGGUGAUUCUGGAGGACCAUUAAUGUGUGCAAACAUGGGUCGCUGGGAAGUCCACGGUUUGGUGAGCUGGGGCAUUGGCUGCGGGCGUCCGGGAAACCCAGGCGUUUACUCAAACGUCCACGCUGCUCUCCCAUGGAUUCAACUAGAGAUGGCAAGGUUACGCGGAUAG